AUGAUUGUACAGACACCAGAUUCUCAAGUUCUAGCCCCUGUCCACAGAGCCACUGCAGAUGUGUCCAGUCCCGCUCAGCCAUGCAGUAUUGUCUCCACUGCUCAUUCUGGGGCAUUAUUGCAAGGUCCAUCUGUAGUUCCGCUUCCUCGUUUGUGGUCGGAGACCUUGCCACCAGAGGAUCACAAGUGGAUUGGCAAAAGGCUUUUCAAAAUGGGAUCCAAGGGAAAGCCAGGGCUUCGUGAUAACCUCCAGCUCUGGUAUUACCCACCACAGCCAGCACUUAUUUACAAUCAGGCUCCAGCUCCAGACAGAUUCUUUUGUCAUUCUCUUCUGCUGUGGAUGCCGUACAAGCUGUGGAGGGUUAAGGUUCUCUGUCCCAAUCCUGCCUGUGGACAACAUCAGCUGACAAGGUCACGGCAGGUUCUAGACAUUGACAGAACGUACAACAUGGUCACAGAAACCCUCAUCUGUACCAAGUGUAGAGCCUCGCAUGUGUCCUGGAGUCAGACUGUCCUGCAGCAGCUAGAUCUGGGCCAUCGCUCUGAGUUUCAGGUCAUCCUCACGCGGAAGUACGCCUGUGAUAUGCGGGUCAUCCGGCUCCUGCGUGAGCGUGGCUUAGGUAACAGCCCCACGCGGGUGAACAAGCAGUUGGCCCAGUACACCACCCAAUGUGUUGACUUCCUCAAUCAACCC